GUGGCCGCCAGGGGGCGCCUGCCGCGGGCUCGGGCUGCAGCUGCGGCUCCCAGGCUAGGGUAGCUGGGGCAGCUGGGGGCAGCAGCAGAGCCCGGCUGGCCGGCCGGAGUUCUCCCCGCGCUCUAGAGCCAGCCCAGUAGCGGCCCCUUGGGCCUCUCCGCCCUCUCCCGAUCCUUCCUCCCCGCGGCGGUGGAAGCUCUUUGGAGAGGAAGGAGAAGCCACAGGCAUGACGGGUCGGGGCGCCCGAAGGCCACAGAGACAGACGCUGCCGAAGAUGAACGUGGGCAAAGGCCCUUCUGGCUCCCCUUGUGAUGGAGAGCCCAGUCCUUCCUGACGGGGGGGCCCCAGGGCCCCCCUCCUGCAUGAAGCUGCUCAAGGCAGACCGAGAGCUGCUGGUCACCCACGUCCGGAAUGUCCAGUGUCUGAUCGACAACUUGAUGGCCAACGACUAUUUCUCUAGGGAAGACGCCGAGAUCGUGGGGGCCUGCCCCACGCUGCCAGACAAGGUCCGGAAGAUGCUGGACCUGGUCCAGAGCAAAGGGGAAGAAGUGUGCGAGUAUCUCCUCCACGUGCUGCAGCAGAUCCCGGACGCGUUCGUCGAUCUGAAGCCGUGGCUGGCCGAGCUCUGCUUCUGGCCCUCCGAGCUGGUGAGGAGCAGAGUGAUUGUCAACACUGACCCCGUGAGCCGCUACACGCAGAAGCUGCGCUCGGAGUGGAGCCGGGACUCCAAGUUCAUCACGUCGUACAGUCAGCGGGAGGAGAUGCUGCUGGCGGACACCUACACGGAGCACAUCAUGGAGCUGGUGGACUUCCAGGACGCGGCGCUGGGGGGCGUCAGCAGCCUGGACUCGCUGCUGGCCGACUCCACGGGCGUCAUUAACCAGGACGGGGAGACGGUGUUCGUGGUGGGCGACGCGGGGGUGGGCAAGUCGGUGCUGCUGCAGCAGCUGCAGAGCACGUGGGCGCGCAGCGAGCCCGGCACGGGGCCCCGCUUCUUCUUCCCGUUCCGCUGCCGCACGUUUGGCUGCUUCCCGCCGGCGGCGGUGCUGAGCCUGCGGGAGCUGCUCUUCUCCCACAGUUGCUGCCCUGAGCUCGAGCCAGAGGCCGUGUUCGCAUUCCUGCUGCGCUUCCCGGCCACGGCGCUCUUCACUUUCGACGGCCUGGACGAGCUGCAGUCGGACUUGGAUCUGAGCCGGCUGCCGGACGUGGCGUCCCCGCUGCAGCCCGCGCCGCCCGUGGCGCUGCUGGCCAGCCUGCUGCGGGGCAAGCUGCUCCCGGGCGCUGGGAAGGUGCUGACGGCGCGCACGGGCGUGGAGCUGCCGCGGGCCCUGGUGCGGAAGAAAGUUCGGCUGCGGGGCUUCGGGCCGGACCAGCUGCGCGCCUACACGCGGAAGGUCUUCCCGGAGCUGGCGGCGCAGCAGCGGGUGCUCAGCCAGCUGGACGCCAGCCCGCAGCUGAGCAGCCUGUGCUCGGUGCCCCUCUUCUGCUGGAUCAUCUUCCGCUGCCUCCGUCGCGGCCUCAGCGGCGGCCCCUGCCCACAGCUGCCCCCAGAGCUGCCGCUCACGCUCACCGACAUCUUCCUGCUCCUGGCUGAGGCCCACGUCAGCCGCAUGCUGCCCGGCAGCCCCCUGCGGAGCGACCCUCAGCACAGCCAGGCCGAGACCUUCCGCACAGGCCGCGGGCUGCUCCGUGCCCUGGGCCGCCUAGCCUACUGGGGCCUGGCCAGGAACCGCUUCGUUUUCGGGCCUGAGCAAGUGGCCGCCUCCCAGCUGCCAGAGGGGGCCCUGCAGCUGGGCUUCCUCCGGCUUGUGCCCGAGCCCGGGCCCCUCGGACCCCAGGCCGCCUACGAGUUCUUGCACCUCACGCUGCAGGCCUUCUUUGCCGCCCUCUUCCUUGUGGCCGACGACAGCGUGGGCACCGCCAAGCUCCUGAGGUUCUUCGGGGAGGGCAUGGCCAGCAGGGGCUUGUGGGGCCUCCGCUGCCUCAGUGGCUGUGAUGGGGGCAAGGAGGACCCCUUCCGCAACAACGACCACUGCCAGUUCACCAACCUCUUCCUGUGCGGGCUGCUGUCCAAGGCCAAGCAGGGGCUGGUGCAACACCUGGUGCCCGCAGCCACCCUGCGCAGGAAGCGGCGGGCGCUCUGGAGGCACCUGGCCGCCAGCCUGCGCUCCUACCUGAAGGGCCUGCCACGCACCCAGACCGAAGACUUCCUCCAGGUGCAGGCCAUGCCCACCUUCAUCUGGAUGCUGCGCUGCAUCUACGAGGCGCAGAGCCAGCGGGUGGGCCGGCUGGCCGCCAGGGGCAUCUGCGCCAACUACAUCAAGCUGACCUACUGCAACGCCUGCUCGGCUGACUGCAGCGCCCUGGCCUUCGUGCUCCACCACUUCCCCAAGCAGCUGGCGCUGGACCUGGACAACAACAACCUCUGCGACUACGGGGUCAAGGAGCUCCGCCCCUGCUUCAGCCGCCUCACCGUGAUCAGACUCAGCGUGAAUCGGAUCGCUGACGCGGGCGCCAGGGUGCUCUGCGAGGAGCUCACCAAGUACAAGAUUGUGACCUUCUUGGGGUUGUACAAUAACCAGAUCACCGACGUGGGAGCCACAUACGUGGCGAAGAUCCUCGAGGAGUGCCCCCGCCUCACCCACCUGAAGAUGGGUGCAAACCUUCUCACUAGUGAAGGAGGGAAGUGCCUGGCCUUGGCCCUUAAGAAGAGUCGCUCCAUCCUGGACAUUGGGAUGUGGGGCAAUAAGAUAGGGGACGAAGGGGCCAAGGCCUUCGCAGAUGCCCUGCGCAAUCACCCCAGCCUGGCCAACUUGAGUCUGGCCUUCAAUGGCAUCUCCACGGAAGGAGGCAAAAGCCUGGCCCAGGCCCUCCAGCAGAAUAGCUCAGUGAAGAUAUUCUGGUUGACCAAAAACAACCUGGAUGACGAAGCAGCAGAGAGCUUGGCUGAGAUGUUGGAAGUCAAUCAGACGCUGAGUGAUUUGUGGCUCAUUCAGAACCAGAUCACAGCCAAGGGGCUCUCACGCCUGGCAGAUGCUCUCCAGAAAAACUCAAGCAUCCUGGAUAUUUGCUUAAAUGGGAACCCCAUCAAGCCCGAAGAGGCCAAAGCUUUCCAGCGUGACAAGCGGUUCCAUUUUUGAGGAGACGUGUCUCCAGGAGCCCCGCCCCGUGGCAGGCGGCGUGCCCAGGGCCCAGGAAGGGCUUUGCCACAAGGACCAGUGGCGUGCCAUCCCCCACCGGCGACAGCCGUCAGUGCCCUUCAGCAAGAUGGCGGCCAGCCCGGGGCACCAUGCACUCCGUGCCGCUGGAAGGGACCCGUUUUGCUUUUCCCUUUAAACAAUAGGAAAUUAUUUUUGUAUUUUAUUGCCUAGAAGAAUCCACUUUAUGGACUUUUUUUGGAGUUGUAUAGGGGCCCCCGGAGGCUCUUGUGUGUUGCCAUCAUCUUUUGUACAUACCUACUGACAGUGGUGUGCACGUGCUAAGCACUCGGUCAGUGGUGAGCGAAUAAAAGAAUUUAUUUUUCUAUGUUCCAAGAAUGUGCAGAACUGGCCCAGCUUGGUUCACACCAGUGCCUGAGCCUUCCUGCAGCCCCGAAAGCUGCCAGACAGUGCACUGGGCUAGGAAGGCCUGAAUUCAAAUCCUGCCUGAGAGGCAUACUAGCCAUGUGUCCCUGGGCAAGUCACUUCUCUGGGUCUCAGUUUCCUCAUCUGUAAAAUGGGGAUGACAAUAGAAUCUACCUCACAGGGGCUUAUGAGGCACAAAUGAAAUGAUGGAUAUAAAGUGCUCUGAAAAUCCUUAAGUGACAUGGAUGUGCUUUUAAAAAUGAUUAUUAUCAUAGAAAUGAAUGUCUGCUGUCGUCAGGGAAUUGAGCAUCCUAAUAGCAUUAGAAGGGGAAGGAAUAAGCUCUUCUAUAGCACUUACUAUGUAUGAGCCAGGCACCAGGUAUGUGAGCACUUUCUGCAAAUAUCCCGUUUGGUCUUCAUAAUCCUGGGAGGUAGGUGCUAUUACUAUGCCCAUUUUACAGAUGAGGAAACUGAGGCAGAUAGGGGAUAAGUGAC